UGCCAAGCCACCAACCGCCCUGGGUGUGACAGACACCGGGAAGACGGACGGGACGGUCCCCAAGGAGGCCUCGCCGGCUCAUUGGGAAAGCCAUGGCCUGCCCGCCCGGGGCGGAGAGCUGGUGGCAACAAGGCUUGCACAACCCUCGGCUGAUGAUGGCCGCCUGCCCGCAGCCCAGCACCAUGAUGCCACCGGGUCAGAUCCUGCCACCGCUGCUGCUGCUGCUGCUGCUGCCGCUCAGCCCUGCUGCGCCAUGCUCCCCCCAACCCAAUGCCACCCGGUUCGUCUGCACGGAGCCCACCCUGAGCACCUUCCCCAGCAGGCUGCCCACCACCACCCUGGCCAUCUCGGUGGAGUUCACAGCGCUGGCCACUCUCCCCCCCACCGCGCUGGCUGGGCUGCCCUGGCUGCAAGAGCUUCACCUCUCCUCCAACCGCCUCGCCACCCUCCCCGAAGCCCUCCUGCGGCCCGUGCCCACCCUGCGCAUCCUCGACCUGACCAACAACCUCCUGGCCGACCUCCCCGCCAACAUCUUCACCAGCGCUGGCCACCUCCAGCACUUGGUGCUGCGGGGGAACCGGCUGCAGGCGCUGCAGCCCAGCUGGUUCCAGCACCUUCCCCACCUGCGCUGGCUCGACCUGGCUGCCAAUGCGUUGGCAGAGGUGCCGCCAGCGGUUUUCCAGCGGCUGCGUUCCCUGCGCAGCCUGGAUCUGUCCAAGAACCGCCUGGCAUCGCUGGCACCGGGCGCGCUGGCUGGGCUGCAGGCACUGGAGCAGCUUGACCUGGAGGGCAACCGGCUGGGCACGCUGCCGCCCGCCGCCUUCGCGCCCACUCCCGCCCUGCGCCUCCUCUUCCUCCAGGACAACGAGCUGCAGGAGCUGCCCACCGGCAUCUUCCACCCCCUGCAUCAUCUCCACGUCCUUGACCUGGCGCGUAACCGGCUGCGGGCACUGGCGCUGCCGCCCCGGCCCCCCGGCCCCGCGUUGGACCUCGACAUCUCGGGCAACCCCUGGGCUUGUGAGUGCCGGCUGCUGGCACUGCUGCGGCAGGUGGCCCCGCGGCUCACUGCCACCCGCGACACCCUCUGCGCCAGCCCCCCGCAUCGCUGGGGACAGGAGGUGGCUGUCCUCAGCCAGACUGGGGACACCGGCUGUGAGCCCAAGGGGGACGAGCAGCACCUGCCAGACCCCUAGGCAGAGGGCUUGGUGCCACCCCACAUGCCCAGGAGUGUCCCCUCCCUCCCUGCCACUCUGUCCCCAGCUGAGAUGAGCUCUCCUGGGGAAACUGAGGCAGGGAGAGUCGAGUUGCAGCUGGCCCUGGCCCAGUGACCUGUCCCCAUCCCACCAUCCCCAUCCCAGUGUCUCGUCCCCAUCCUGCCAUUCCAUCCCAAUGGCCUGUCUCCAUCCCACCCCCACACCAGUGUCCCCAUGCUGUGAUGCCCACCCCAGUGGCCCCCAUCCCCAUCCCGCCUGGCUCAAGCUGUCCCGCAUCCCCAUCCCCAUCCUGCCUGGCACAUGUCCCUGUCCCCACCCCGCAAGAGCACAUUAAACACUGUCACUUGGAGCCAUCACA